CACGGACGGAGACGCCACCACCGUGCCAAGUGCCAAAUGAAGACUCCGCCGCCCUCACCCGUUGUACCGGCCGCGGCCGUCGUUCUCGCCUUUGUCGCCAUGGCGGUCGCCAACUACCUCGUCACCGACAACAACCUCGGGGCCGUCAAGUUUACAAACACAGAGAUUGCGCACACGCACCCCGUCUACGGCCUUCCCAUCGGCUGGGCCUUUGCCAUCUGGGGCAUCAUCUACACGCUCGAGGGCCUCUUUGUCGUGUACCAGGCGCUGCCCUUCCAGCGCUUUGGCGGCCUGCGCGAGCCGUCGUACGCCAAGAUCCGAGGCCCGGUGCUGGCCCUUUUUGCGGCCAACUCGGCGUGGCUCUUCCUCUUCGGGUACGAGGUCUACUGGGCCUCGCAGGUCGUGAUCCUCGUCUACGACGCGCUCCUCUUCGUCGUCCUCCGCCGACUCGACGUCAACCAGCUCUCGUCGCGCCGCUCCGCCGCCUCGAAGCUCGCCGCCGCCGCCUUCUCUGCAAACGCGUCGUGGGUGACAGUCGCCUCUUGCCUCGGCAUCCAGGUUGUCCUCCUCGACGAGGGGUGGCUCCCCUCGCCCGACUUUGCAAUCGGCCUGCUCGUCGUCGCGGUCGCCGUCGCGUGCGCCGCCACCUUUGAGUACUCGGACCCCGUCUACGCGGCGGUGGCCGCUUGGGCACUCGGCGGCAUCAUCGCCAACCAGGCGGACGCCUCCGAGUUUGGCUGCAAGUCGCAGAUCUGCCCCGCCUGCCUCGCCGCCGCCAUCCCGAUCUGCAGCCGCGACGACACGUCGGCACGCGACGGGCGGCCAAACGGCUUCGCGCCGCUCGACUGCGACUCGUACACGGAGAGCUCGCCCGACGAGUGCGUCGUCGCGAAGAGCGCCUCCGUCGUCGGCUGGGCGUACGCCGGCAUCGGCUGCGUCGCCUUCGCCCUCGCCGCCGGCCUCGUCCGCGGCUACCUCCGCCGCCAAGCGGAGAAGCGAGCGCCCCGCCCGCAGCCACCAUUCCUCGAAGAUGUGCCGUCGACGCCCGCGAGUGGCGACUCGCCGUGAGGGAAGGCGUGGCCGCGUGGCCUCGCGCGCACAUCAAGAGAUGCGCCCUGCUCCACCAACGUGCACACACGGGGGAUCUCAUCGGGACAAUGCGCGCAACGAGUGCUCUUGACGUAGUCUGUGGGGACAGUGACUUUUGCGUGUUGUGGGUGACUCUACGGUGUCGAUACUGUGUUCAACCUUGACCCCUUGACAAACUUCUGAACUCCGA